CGCUUUCUCUGCAGCAAAAGAUGUAAGCACAAACACAUCACACGUAUAAGCACACAUUAAUUCUCAGCUUUCCUUUAUUCUUUCGUUUCACCUUCGGUGUGCAUUGCUUGUGACUCGAGAGAGAGAGAGAGAGAGAGAGAGAGAGAGAGGCAUGGAUCGCGUGGAAGAGAUAGUGUCGGUUUCACCACCGCCGCCAGCUUUCACUUCCAAUUUCGAAGCCGUUCCUCUUCCACUGAUCUCCCUCAACCACGUCUCCUUCGUUUGCAACAAUGUGAGCCAAUCUGUCAAGUUCUAUGAGGACGUCUUGGGAUUCGUCCUCAUCAAGAGGCCCUCCUCUUUCAACUUCGAAGGAGCUUGGUUGUUCAACCAUGGAAUUGGCAUUCACCUGCUGGAGUCAGAUAAGGUUCCUGUGAAGAAAGGGAAGAUCAACCCCAAAGAUAACCACAUCUCGUUUCAAACAUCAGAUGUGCAGCUCAUAAUGAGGAAGUUAGAGUCAAUGAACAUAGAGUAUGUGACAGCAGUUGUGGAAGAUGGCGGAAUUAAAGUUGAUCAGCUCUUCUUCCACGAUCCAGAUGGUUACAUGAUAGAAAUAUGCAAUUGUCACAAUCUCCCUGUGCUUCCACUUUCCUCAUGCCCUCUCAAACUACCUGACAACUAUGAAAAGCAUCAGGCACCAUCUUUCUAUGGUGAGAGGGACGUGAAGAUGAACUGCUCAGCUGAGGUUGCUUUGCUGAUGAUGGAGAAUUUGAUUUCAGACAUGCUGAAGAUCUCAAUAUAAUAAUGUACAAAGCUAUAUGUGAAAAGUUUGUACUAUAGACUAUAAUGUUAUGGUGUAGCUGUUUUCUGAUUGCGAGAGUGUAUUUGUAAUGUAUUGUUAGUGUAGUAUCAAGGGAUGUUUUGGUACCAGAAACCAGACCAAUCCUGGGAAACUGAAGCAUCUCUUUGCCCUAUCUUUAAUUUUGAAUGUCAUAUAUGUCAUACAAUUCGUGGGUGAUGGAUGAGUAACCAAUCACUUUUAUUUUAAACCAAGCAAAAAUGAAUCAAGAGUGAAAAGUUCAGAGUUUGUGUAA